AUGGGCCAUAAGACUGAAAACAAGGAUGCUCAGGCUACUGCUCACGUCGUAGCCGAUAGCCCAAAUGCAGCUCCAGCGGUACUGCCAGUUUUGGAGGGGUAUGUGCCUCCCCAGAGGACUUGGAAAACUUACCUGUGGUCAACUCUGGACGUGUCGAAAGAGGAGGCAGUGUUUCUGACAAAGCUGGAUGUGACUUUGAUCACUUCUGCGGCGCUGGGUGUGAUGAUUCGUUAUCUUGAUCAAGUCAAUAUCACAAACGCCUUCAACAGUGGCAUGAAAGAAGACCUCAAUCUGUACGGCAACGAGCUCAACUACGCCAACGCCUUCUGGUCCGCCGCCUACGUGAUCGGGCAAAUACCCAGCAACCUUAUACUCACCAGAGUCAAUGCUGCGAGAUACAUCGCCUUUCUCGAGCUUGCUUGGACGGCCUUCACCUUUGGGACUGCAGGAGUUGAGGAUAUCAAAACGCUCUACGCCUUGAGAUUCUUUGUGGGGCUCUUCGAAGCAGGUCAUUUCCCAGCGGUCAUGUAUGUCUGCUCGAGCUACUACAAACCCCACGAACUCGCCCGCCGAAAUACUCUGAUCCAGAUAUUCGUCUCUGUCGGACCGCUCUUUUCGGGAUUCUUGAUGGCUGCUGUCUACGCGGGGCUGGAUGGGACGAGGGGCUGGCCGGGGUGGAGGUGGAUGUACAUCAUUUGUGGAGUCAUCUCGCUUCCAUGCGCUCUUUGGACGUUCUUCGCCAUGCCCCAGCUUCCUGGUCGAGCCAAGCCCAACUGGAUCUUCUCCCAGCGCGAGAUCGAUAUCGCCAGGACAAGAAUGCCCACCGAAACGAAACUCUACACGGGACUCUUCAAAUGGAAGGAUAUCAAGCGGUGGCACAAGUCUUGGCAUGUCUAUCUUUUCCCAUUUUUCUUCUUGUGUUCUGGGCAGAUCGGACAGGCUGGAAGCUCGAUGAUCUUCUGGGUGAAGAGUUACAACGUCACUGGGAAGCCCAAAGUAUUCUCCGUAGCUGAAAUCAACAUUAUUCCUCUCGGCAUCAACAUCAUAACCAUCUGCGGCUCACUCACGGCUUCCUGGAUAUCCGACGCCCUCCCAGGUUCUGCCCGAUGGCCCAUCAUGGUCUUUUCCACCCUUGUCGGCGUUAUCAUACCCGCAGCUCUGGGGGCUACCCCGGUACAUCCGCCUAAUCGAGGGACACGAUGGGCUUUGUUCUAUCUGACAUCGUUGUCGGGUGUAUCGGCUGGUACGACGUGGACCUUUGUGAACGAGACAAGCCGAGAUGACCCCGAGAAACGCGCAUACGUCGGAGCCAUGAUGAACGCCUUCGCCUACAUCUUUACAGCUUGGAUCCCCAUCUUCACCUUCCCAACCUCAAAACAACCAUACGUCGCGCACGGGAUGUUUGCGACCUCGGGCUUUGCCGCAGUGGCGUUGUUGACGGCGUUGGCUAUUGGGUGGAUGCAUCAUAGGGAUUUGAGGAAGACUGCUAGACUGGGAGAGCAGGGGGCAGGGGAAAGGGAGGGAGAAGUGAGUAGUGUUGAGGCAGAGAAGAAGGAUGAUGGGGACGGGAGUGAGAAGGGCGAGGUGUUUAGGAAAACGCCAGUCUUGGAGAAGAUCUAG